UGCGCUGACGAUCCCAUUCUUGUGCUGCAGGCAGCAUUCCGGGUGGAGAGUGAGAAAAAGACGUGUUUUUAAGGCCUUAUACCGAAACAACACUAGGAGCUUAUUUGAAGAAGUCCCCUGGAGCCUUAAAACAGAAUAUGGGCUUUCCAGGGCAGAUCCCAGGAAAAGACAUGGAGAUGUGAUCUGGCCUCCAUCCUUCUCUAUUUGCUGCUUUGAUUGCUGCUCCCCAGAACCACCGUUUCAAACACUGCAGGAGUGGUUUGGCUCAAAGUAAAACCCCAAUUAAGAGCCACUAGUAAACUUUCCCCAGCUGCUGCCCAGACACACAUGGUGCAUUGCUGCCAUUCCCAAAGCCCGACUCCAUCAGUCCCGAGGGCACAGCCACUAGCUUUCUGGUGUGCUUACAGCUAUCAGAAAAAGAAGAACAGUCCUUUUGGAUAAUUGUUUUCCGCGUAACCAACCUACAUCCAAGUAGUAGAGUUUACUGGUCUUUCCUUCUGCUUUGAGCUCUCAGGAUCUCUGACAAUCAUCCAUCUUUUAGCUGGGAAGACUGACAAAGGUCGAGAAGUUGAUUCUUAAAGGCUACGUUGAUGGAAUCCAACAUGGAGAGCUGCCUAGCCCAGGUCCUGCAGAAAGAUGUAGGCCGUCGUCUUCAGGUGGGGCAAGAGAUCGGCGACUACAUCUCGGACAAGGAGAAGUCUCAUGACCUUGAGCAGGAUCAGACUGCUCUUGAUAAGAUGGUUGAUGGCAUUGCCAGCUCCUGGGUCAACUCCAGCAACUUCAAGGUAGCUCUGCUAGGCUUGGAUCUCCUCUCUGCUUUAGUGACGAGGUUACAAGAGAGAUUUCGGGCCCAUGUGGGAACAGCUCUGCCUAGUCUUAUCGAUCGAUUGGGAGAUGCCAAAGACCAAGUAAGAGAACAAGACCAAGCACUGCUACUUAAGAUCAUGGAACAAGCUGCAUCUCCACAGUAUGUGUGGGACCGAAUGCUAGGAGGCUUCAAACAUAAAAACAACAGGACCAGGGAAGGAGUCUGCCUUUGCCUUAUUGCCACGUUGAACAUGUACGGAGCUCAAGGCUUGACGCUCAGUAAGAUUGUCCCCCACAUAUGUAACCUGUUGGGAGAUCCCACAAGCCAGGUACGAGAUGGGGCUAUGAGUUCUUUGGUGGCGAUCUACCGACAUGUGGGUGAGAGGGUGAGGAUGGAUCUCAGCAAGAAGGGCCUCCCUCAGUCACGGUUGAAUGUAAUCUUCAGCAAAUUCGAUGAAGUUCAAAGAUCAGGUCACAUGAUCUCCUCUUCUGGCUCAGAUAAGAACUUUGAAGAUGAGGACUCAGUUGAUGGAGGCCGGUCCUCCUCCUCCUCAUCCUCCAAAGCACCUCUUAGUGGCAAGAGGACUGUAAUGACUGCUAGAAGACCAAGCUCGGCAACCUCAGCAAAGGCCACAGGUAAAGAAGCAGCUGCUGGGGCUGUUGAUGUAGAGGAUUUUAUAAAAUCUUUUGAAGAUGUGCCCUCCGUCCAGAUUUACUCCAACAGAGAGCUGGAAGACCAGCUGACGAAAAUCAGAGAAGUUCUGUCAGAUGACAAGCACGACUGGGAGCACAGAGUGGUAGCACUGAAAAAGGUUCGCUCAUUCAUGCUGGCUGGGGCAGCAGAGUAUGAGGGGUUCCCUCAGCAGCUGCGUCUGUUGGAGGCACCGCUCAAACUAUCGGCUAAAGAUCUGCGCUCCCAGGUUGUCCGCGAGGCCUGCAUCACUCUAGGACAUUUAUCAUCACUGCUGGGUAACAAGUUUGACCAUGGAGCAGAGAGCGCCAUGCCUAUACUGUUGAACCUUGUGCCCAACAGUGCAAAAAUCAUGGCCACAUCUGGAAUGGCUGCCAUCCGCCUCAUCCUCAGGCAUACACACUAUCCACGUCUUAUCCCCAUCAUUACAAGUAACUGCACCUCUAAAUCAGUCGCAGUCAGACGACGCUGUUACGAAUUUUUAGACCUAAUGCUACAAGAGUGGCACACCAAUACACUGGAAAGGCAUGUGGCUGUUUUGACUGAAACCAUCAAGAAAGGCAUACACGAUGCUGACUCGGAAGCCAGAUCCAUUGCAAGGAAGUGUUAUUGGGGUUUCCACGGUCACUAUAGCCGAGAGGCAGAGCAUCUCUUCCAAGCACUAGAGUCUACAUAUCAGAAAGCGCUCCAGACUCAUCUGAAGAGUUCGGACAGCAUUGUGUCUCUACCCCAGUCAGAUCGUUCUUCGUCAUCUUCUCAGGAGAGCCUGAACCGACCUCUGUCUGUGAAGACAGUCAUUGGAGGCAGCAUAGCGAGGACUAAACUGAUGAGCACCCGGAUGGCGAUUACAUCGAGUUCCCUCCAGCGUUCACGGAGCGACGUCGAUGUAAAUGCUGCCUCCACCGCCAAGUCAAGGGUGCCCAUUGUGCCUACGUCUUCGGCAUUCAGCUCAGCAGCUGCCCUUCCCCCUGGAUCCUAUGCUUCUUUAGAUGGCAUCCCUGGUAAAAGUGAUGGUCGUGUUCGUACCAGAAGACAAAGCUCUGGUAGUGCAAGCGGAGCCAGUCCUUCGGUGGUGGACAGUAGAGGUCGGAGCCGAGCUAAAGUGGUUUCUCAAUCUCAGCGAUCCAGAUCGGCCAAUCCCAUCAGUGCUGGCAGUCGCUCCAGCUCCCCAGGCAAACUUCUUGGGCACGGCAGCUAUGGUAGGAUCCCUCGGGCAGCAGUGUCUGCUUCCAGCACACCAGCUGACAAACGUAGCAGGAUCCCUCGCAGCCAAGGGUGCAGCCGAGAGACGAGCCCGAGUCGAAUGGGCUUAGCCAGCUUGUUUGGUAAAAAAGCUCUUCUCCCUGCUGCUCUUCCCUACCGCACGCUAGCCCGGAGCCGCAUACCCCGCCCAAGCAUGAGUCAGGGUUGCAGUCGCGACACUAGUCGCGAGAGCAGCCGCGACACCAGCCCUGCUCGUGGCUUUACUCCUCUGGCUUCCCGACGGCAUUCUCGUUCAACCAGUGCUCUCACAGCUGACCCCCAUGGCCAGUCAGAACGUUAUGGUUUGAUUCACCAAGCUAGAAUCUCAGCAUCAGUCAACGCUAUGAGGGUUCUUAACACUGGCACUGAAGUGGAAGCAGCAGUUGCUGAUGCUCUGCUAUUAGGAGACUCCAGGAAUAAGAGGAAGCCAAUGAGGCGGAGGUACGAAUCACCAGGGAUGUACUCCGAUGAUGAUGCCAACAGCGAUGCGUCCAGUGCCUGCUCAGAACGCUCCUAUAGCUCAAGAAACGGCGGCAUCCCCCAUUAUCUUCGCCAGACUGAGGAUGUGGCGGAGGUCCUGAACCACUGUGCCAGCUCCAAUUGGUCAGAGCGGAAGGAGGGACUUCUGGGUUUGCAGAAUCUCCUCAAGGGUCAAAGAAUACUGAGCCGAGUGGAGCUGAAGAGACUUUGUGAAAUCUUCACAAGAAUGUUUGCAGAUCCACACAGCAAGGUGUUCAGCAUGUUCCUAGAGACCUUAGUGGAUUUCAUCACCGUACAUCGAGAGGACUUGCAGGACUGGCUGUUUGUCCUUCUUACCCAGUUGCUAAAGAAGAUGGGGGCAGACCUGCUCGGCUCAGUCCAAGCCAAAGUCCAAAAGGCCCUGGAUAUCACAAGGGAGUCUUUCCCAUUUGACCAACAGUUCAAUAUUUUGAUGAGAUUCAUUGUUGAUCAGACACAGACACCAAACCUCAAGGUAAAAGUAGCUAUUUUGAAGUACAUAGAGUCUUUGGCACGGCAGAUGGACCCAACAGACUUUGUCAACUCCAGUGAGACUCGCCUGGCUGUGUCACGCAUCAUCACCUGGACCACUGAACCCAAAAGCUCUGAUGUCAGGAAGACCCUACAUAACUGGGUGAGUGAGGAACUAGCUGGCGGAGUCAGUGCUACAGCCUUACUGUCCAUUGAGGGCAACCUGGGAGAGAGGUGUAAGCAGGCAGCCCAGGUGGUGCUGAUAUCAUUGUUUGAGCUCAACACACCCGAGUUUACUAUGCUGCUGGGAGCUCUGCCUAAGACGUUCCAGGAUGGUGCCACCAAAUUAUUGCACAACCACCUGAAGAACUCUAGUAAUGCCAGUAGCAGUGUGGGGUCUCCAAGCAACUCCAUUGGGCGCAUGCCACCUCGCCACACACCCAAUCGAACCAGCCCACUCACCUCUCCAACCAACUGCUCACACGGAGGAAUGUCUCCAAGUCGGUUAUGGGGUUGGGGUGUCGACGGACUGUUAAAGCAACCCCCUGCCCCUACUCCUCUUCCUCCGCCUAACUCCACCCCUGCUGCCCCUUCUUUCGGGGUCCUGCGCAGAGCACACUCACCCAGCGUGAUGGAGUAUGACACUGAGAACAUGAAUGCGGACGACAUUUACAGCUCACUGCGUGGUGUCACUGAAGCCAUCCAGAGCUUUAGCUACCGCAGCCAGGAGGACCUGAAUGAGUCAAUCAGACGGGAGGGCAAGCGAGAUGAUGCAGCUGGGAGAGAAGGAAUUGCGUCAACCCCUGGUUCUGAUGGUCGCCUGGGCUUGGACGUACCGGAAGGGGGUCGAACUGCUUUGGACAACAAGACUUCACUUCUAAAUACACCAUCACCGCGCUCCUUCUCUGGGCCACGAAGUCGGGAGUUCGCUCCUUACGGCCACGGAGAAACCAUCUGUACCUACGACAAGAGUGCCCUUAAGGAGGCUGUUUUUGAUGAUGACGUGGAGCAGUUUCGUGACUGCCAACGUAAGGAAAGUGGUGAAAACACGAUGAUGCUCUCUGUUGGUCAGGACAACUCUGACUUGGUUGCCGAUCUGCUUAAGGAGUUGUCCAAUCACAAUGAGCGCUCUGAGGAGCGUAAAGGAGCCCUGGUGGAGCUUCUGAAGAUCACACGAGAAGACAGCCUGGCUGUGUGGGAUGAACAUUUUAAAACUAUUCUCCUCCUCCUGCUGGAGACACUCGGCGAUAAAGAUCAUACGAUCCGAGCCUUGGCAUUGCGUGUCUUGAAAGAAAUAUUAAAGAAUCAGCCAGCCCGGUUCAAGAACUAUGCGGAGCUAACCAUCAUGAAGACCCUGGAGGCCCACAAAGAUUCUCACAAAGAGGUGGUGCGUGCGGCUGAGGAGGCUGCUUCGACAUUGGCUGGAUCCAUCCAUCCGGAACAAUGUGUCAAGGUGCUAUGCCCAAUUGUACAGACUGCUGAUUACCCAAUCAACCUGGCUGCCAUCAAGAUGGAAACAAAAGUCAUUGAACGCAUUGCUAAAGACUCUCUAAUACAGCUGCUGGUGGACAUCAUCCCAGGACUCCUGCAGGGCUAUGACAACACAGAGAGCAGCGUUCGUAAGGCCAGCGUGUUCUGUCUGGUGGCAAUAUACUCGGUAAUUGGCGAGGAGCUCAAACCCCACCUGGCACAACUAACAGGCAGCAAGGUUCCCAUCAAGCUCAAUUGCUGCCGUAUGCUGGUCGUGUGUAAGCCGAAAGUGGUUCUGGGUGAUCGACGUCGCAAAAUAGUCGCCCGUUUUUAUUUUGUCCAAGUCGCUCGAGCAAAAAUAUGACCGACACUUAAAAAUAUGAAAUUACUGAAUCUGUACAUCAAGCGUGCCCAGACCACAAACAGCAAUAGCAGCAGUUCCUCAGAUGUCUCCUGUCACAGUUAAUGGAGGGAUGUUUAGCUGGAAAUCAUGCAGAUGAACGUUGCUGUCCAUCUCGGGGUCCCAAACUGCUCUAAGCAUCAUUUUCUCGAAACUUCAUAUUUUUACUGCUGUUUUCUUGCGUUUAACUGUCUUUUUGCUUUUUGCGGAUCCACCCAACGCUUUUGUUCUGAAAACUUUGGAAUGUAGUGUGGAUGACGAGAGAUCACUUAAUCCACCUUGUUGCACCAACCAUUCUGUUUUUGUGCACAUUUUUGUUUUUCCCCUUUAACUAUCAGAUUUGGCUGAAUAAAAAGUUCAUUCACUACUUAGUAAAAUGUGCAAAUGAACAUUUUGGUGCAACAAAAUAAGUAAAUAAAAAAUAAAUACUGUGUAUGUAAAAAGUGAAAACAAAAUGGAGAAGAACAUGAGUACUGUAUUAUAAUUUCAAGUAAUAUUUUAAGUAAAUUGGGGAUCGGGGAAGCUUCUGCAUUAAUUUGUUUUUAAUUUAAAUCUCAUUUUAAAUUAAAAGUAUCUUAAAUUAAUUGAAUCCCCUCUGUGUAAAAAGUGUAGUUUUAUGUUCCACAUUCUUUUAUCAAAAUGCCAUUGUUUGUGAGGCUCCUGUUGGGCUGAAGUUGUUAAUACUGCAAAUGUCUUUUCUAGCUCAAAGUUGGGAGAGAGCAACAAUAUGACGCUGUAACUACGUUCAUGUCAUGCACACAGGACAAGCAGGACUUCAGCGAGGUACCGGCCUGUACAAAACUGUAAACUAUCGGCUACAAAAACUGUGAAUCUGUUGGGGGGAAAAACUGACCCUUGUAAUGAUGCAAAUACACAGUAUUCUCCUGUAUGUCACCCCAGCCUCUACAAUUAUCAGAAAACCCACAAGUUAGGUUGUACAGUAUAUAUACACUUUUAGACUUCUGUUUUGCUGCAUUUUUCCAAAAUGUAAGUUGCCUAUGUCAAUCUUUUGCACGUUAGCCUGCAUUUAACCUGCAGCACGUCGUCUUUUAUGCUGUGUGAAGGGCCCAGGUUUUUGGCUGUUCAAGUGCACUUGUAACAUUGUAUUACUCAACUCAUUACUUCAGUAUAGGGCACCAACUGUUUAUCAGUGGUGCAUGUGCUCGACACAUGUUCAGAAAUGUUUUAAUUUUAGCAUCAAAUUUAAGGUGUUAAUGGGUAUGAAAAAGCUUUAAAUGUUUGGAAAGUCAACGACUUUUCUUAGGUUACAUGUGAUUAUAUAGAAUACAUUCCACUUUUUAUUAUUACGAAAGUAUUACUGACUUAAGAUUUGAAAUUCAGCUGCUGUACAAAGCCUCUCUACUUGAUGGGUGAUUACACUGAGAGAAUCCCACGUAAACAGGUCCAUUUGUUUGACUAAAGUAAAUUAAUGUAUAUAAUUUACUUUCAACCCGUUUUGUUUUAUAAUAUUAGAUUCGAGGUACUGAGGGCCUAUGUCUGACACAUCUUUAAUUUGACGUCUUUUGACAUUUUCACAUAAUUGCCAAAUCUAUGCUUGCUGUCGAAUGUAUACUUGUAAGGGGAAUCAUCUAUCACUACAUCCAAACACAGAUGAGACAGUAUUCCAUGCAAAAGGUUGUUUUUUUGUUUUUUUUAUUUUGCAAUGCAAUGCUUGUAUUUAUUUUACUUAUUAUUUGAUUAUAGUUACACUAUAAUAAACUGUACAGAAGGAUGAUUUUGGUUAACAGCCACCCAUGAUAGACUUGCAACAAUAGAAAUUGUUUGCUCAAGUAAUAAACAGACUGGUUGAUCUGGAAA